AUGGUACUCCCGCUUUUACUGCUGAGCUUUGUGGCUAUAUCAAGUCCUGUACUGGCACAGAGCUCUUCAAGCUACACCGACUCAGGAAAUGGCUUCGUUUUUCAAGGCUACACGGACCCGGUAUACAAUGUCACUUAUGGUUUUGUAUUACCCCCACUUGUCACUACUGGAACCAACUCUACGGAGUUUAUUGGUGAAAUCGUUGCACCUCUUGACGCUCAAUGGAUUGGUCUAUCGUUAGGUGGUGCUAUGCUCAACAGCUUGUUGCUAGUUGCAUGGCCCAAUGCCAACUCGGUCGUGUUUUCAUCUCGUUAUGCAACCGCUUAUACAGGUCCUAUAAUAACCAGUCUUCCAUCUACCACUGUCAAUUCAACUCAUUGGAAAUGGGUGUUCCGAUGUCAGAACUGUACCAGCUGGGAAGGCGGGAGUUUUGAUUUGGGAGGGGCGAGCACAUUGGCUUGGGCAUACUCCGAUGUUGUUGUUGCUGAUCCUUCUGAUGCUCAGAGCAGUUUCCAGGAGCACACCGAUUUUGGAUUCUUUGGAGAGGAUUUUGCAGUAGCGCAUAACAGAAAUUAUGGCAGUUAUCUCAACGGAAGUCCAGGGACAACGGGUAUAUUACCCACUAGCACUUAUAGUGCAACAUCUAGUACAACAGCUUUGCCAGGUUCCACUGUUAUUGCCACCCCGUAUGACUACAUCAUAGUUGGUGCUGGUCCAGGUGGUAUAAUUGCUGCAGAUCGCCUCUCUGAAGCUGGGAAAAAGGUUCUCCUAUUGGAACGAGGGGGACCCAGUACCGGAGAAACUGGUGGAACAUACAAUGCCCCUUGGGCUGAAGGAACUAAUCUAACUAAAUUUGACAUCCCUGGGUUGUACGAAUCGAUGUUUAGUGAUCCUAAUCCGUGGUAUUGGUGCAAAGAUAUUACAGUUUACGCAGGAUGCCUGCUUGGCGGAGGGACUUCUAUCAAUGGGGCUCUAUACUGGCUACCCCAAGACUCCGAUUUCUCUGUCAGUGUUGGCUGGCCAAUCAGCUGGGUCAAUCAUCAGCCCUACACAAGUAAAAUAGCUGCUCGUCUCCCCAGCACGGAUCACCCCUCAACGGAUGGGUUGCGCUACCUCGAACAAUCAUAUACAGUUACGUCUCAACUUAUCAAUGGUCAAGGCUAUCGCAAUGUCACAAUAAACAAUUACCCCAACUCGAAAGACCAUGUUUAUGGUUACAGUGCUUUUGAUUUUAUAGCUGGAAAGCGAGGUGGACCUGUCGCAACGUACCUUCAAACAGCACUUUCCCGCCCAAAUUUUGUGUACAGAGAUUAUACCUUAGUUUCUAGUGUUGUCCGCAACAGGUCACAAAUUACAGGCGUGCAGACGAAUGACUCGUCUUUAGGGCCUAACGGUGUCGUACCUCUUACACACAAGGGACGUGUGAUUUUAUCCGCCGGAUCUUAUGGUUCACCCCGGAUUUUAUUCCAGAGCGGCAUAGGUCCCUCGGAUAUGAUCGCUUUGGUGGAAGGUAAUCCGACCACAGCUGCUAAUCUGCCACCAUCAAGCCAGUACAUAGACCUCCCCGUUGGGUAUAAUGUGUCUGAUAACCCUUCUGUCAACUUCGUGUUCACGCACCCUGAUAUUGACGCCUACGACAACUGGGCAAAUGUCUGGUCUGACCCUCGUCCCGCUGAUGCAGCCCAAUACUUGAGAGAUCAAUCUGGAGUACUUGCGGGUAUAACAUCAAAACUUAACUUCUGGCGCUCCUACACUGACACAGAUGGCAAGCAACGAUGGAUGCAAGGUACUGUUCGACCCGGUGCCUCCGUCAUCAACACAACUUAUGCUUACAACGUCAGUCAAACAUUCACGAUCACCACUUAUCUAUCUCAAGGAGUAACUUCUCGUGGACGCAUAGGCAUCAAUGCAGCUCUGACCGGAAUACCUCUGGUCAAUCCGUGGUUUACUGAUCCUGUUGACAAGUCUACUAUAAUAACGGCACUUAACGAUCUCAUUUCAACUGUUAACACCGUCCCUGGACUGACAUUGAUCACACCAGAUAACCAAACAACAAUCACUGACUAUGUUAACAACUAUGAUCCUGCUUUGUUGAAUUCAAACCAUUGGGUAGGGUCGGACUCCAUAGGCUCAGUGGUUGACUCCAACACGAAAGUCUUCAAAACGGACAACUUGUUCAUCAUUGAUGCCUCCAUCAUUCCUUCGCUGCCAACCGGAAACCCACAUGGAACGCUCAUGUCCGCCGCAGAGCAAGCAGUCGCGAAAAUUUUAGCACUUGCCGGGGGUCCUUAGUUCCAAUUGGCAGAGCGUGUUGCUCAUGAUUUCAUUGCUGUACUUCACUU